UGAGGGGUGGGGGAAACUUUGAAAGUUGGAUGCUACAGACCCGGGUCCUUUUUCUGCUGUAUCUGAAGGCAUGGGUAGCAAGAAACUCAGACGAGUGGGUUUAUCACAAGAGCUGUGUGACCGUCUGAACAGACAUCAGAUUGUUACCUGUCAGGACUUUUUAUGUCUUUCCCCACUGGAGCUUAUGAAGAUGACUGGCCUUAGUUAUGGAGGUGUCCAUGAACUUCUAUAUAUGGUCAGCAGGGCCUGUGCCCCGCAGAUGCAAACGGCUUAUGGGAUGAAGAUGCAAACGUCUUCCUCUCUCUCACCAGCCUUCUUAGCUACAACCCUUUCUGCAUUGGAUGAAGCCCUGCACGGUGGUGUGGCUUGUGGAUCCCUCACAGAGAUUACAGGCCCACCAGGUUGUGGAAAAACUCAGUUUUGUAUAAUGAUGAGCAUUUUGGCCACGUUACCCACCAACCUAGGAGGACUAGAAGGAGCUGUUGUGUACAUCGACACAGAGUCAGCAUUUAGUGCUGAAAGACUGGUUGAGAUAGCAGAAUCUCGUUUUCCCAGAUAUUUUAACACUGAAGAAAAAUUACUUUUGACAAGCAGUAAGGUUCAUCUUUAUCGGGAACUCAGCUGUGAUGAAGUUCUGCAAAGGAUUGAAUCUUUGGAAGAAGAAAUUAUUUCAAAGGGAGUUAAACUUGUAAUUAUUGACUCUGUUGCUUCUGUGGUAAGAAAGGAGUUUGAUACACAACUUCAGGGCAACAUGAGAGAAAGAAACAAGUUCUUGGCAAGAGAAGCGGCCUCCUUGAAGUAUUUGGCUGAGGAAUUUUCAAUCCCGGUUAUCUUGACGAAUCAAAUUACAACGCAUCUAAGCAGAGCCCUAGCUUCUCAGGCAGACCUGGUGUCUCCAGCUGAUGAUUUGUCCCUGUCUGAAGGCACUUCUGGCUCCAGCUGUGUGACAGCUGCCCUGGGAACCACCUGGAGUCACAGUGUGAACACCCGGCUGAUUCUGCAGUGCCUUGGUUCAGAGAGAAGACAGAUUCUCAUCGCCAAGUCCCCUCUGGCUCCCUUCACCUCAUUUGCCUACACCAUUAAGAAGGAAGGCCUGGUUCUUCAAGGCCAACAGAAGCCAUAGGGACACUAUGACCAUUGUCUAGAGCUGCUGGGGGCACAAUUUGUGAAAUGAAACAGGAUGGUGCUGC